AUGCGUGAAAAAGUUCAAGCCGCACUUGAGAAUGUUAUCGAUAAACAUCAAUCAAAACUUCAAAAGCAUAUUGAUCAUUGUUUGGAAUGGCUCAAAGAAACCAUUGUUGAACAUCUUCCCCAUCAUAUUAUGGAACAUAUAAAGAAACAUGCGGAUGAAGGGGAUGACUUUUUUGAAGCUAUAGGUCAAAUUGCUAAAACAAUGUCAGAACACGUGUCGGGAGAUUUUAAGGAUGAAAUUCGAGCAGUUACAAGAGAUCGUCUCGAUGAAAUUACAGUUAAUUCAUCAGAUGAUUUAACGACAGUAGUAGUAAGAGAAGCUAAGAAAGCUGUGGGUGAAGUAACACGCAAGAAAGAAAAGAAGGAUGAAGAGGAAUGGUGGAAGGAAAUAGAUUUAUCUUUCUUAUUGAAAGGAAAAGAAGGGAUUGUAAACCAAUUUAUAGAAUUUGUGAAACCUCCUGUCCGAGAGUUUGGUGACGACGUUAAACAAAAAGUCAGUCUCCGACUACCUGAACAUAUUAAACGCAAGAUGAAUGAAAAAAUUGGAUUUUUUUCUAAAAAUCAAGAUCGAGAGGUGACGGAUCGCGGAAUUCACUUACAUCAUUUACGUGAAGGAAAAUUUGGACAACUAUUGAAUAAAUUUGCCGUAAAGGAAGAAGAUUUCAUCUCUAAAACGUUUGACAAGAUGUUUCAUAAACUUCCAGAGAGAAUUAUAGAAUUUAUGGAACCGCGUGUUAAAGAGUUUGAGGAAAAAUUGUUGGAACUUUUGCAUGUGGAAUUGCGUGAAAAUGUAUUUAAAGAGGACAAAUUCAAAGGAACAAUAAAAGCAAUAUUAAGUGGAGAUAUGAAUAGAGAUGGAAAAAAUGAUUUUAUGCAAGCAAUAGAAUCAUUGUUUCAUAAUAAGCAUAAAUAG